AACUGCAGCAAGUAUUUAGGAAGACCAAGAUUGUGGUGGCAGAGAGCAAAGACCCAUCUGUUGUUUCAUCAAUUGUUUGUUUAUUCCUCCUCCUUACGCCUUUCCUCCACCCCCUCCUUAAAUCCAGGGACCAUUCACGCCUCUUGCAAAUGAGACUUGGGUGAUGCUGAGAGAACAGCGUGUUGCAACGAGUGUGUGCCUGUGCAUGCAUUCGCGGGGGUAGAAUACUCGGUCCUCAGCUUUUGCCUGUGAUCAGAAGAAAACAGGAUGUGUCCUUAGCUGGAGCAGUGACAAUGCUAGCCGAGUGGGGCUCACCUGCUGGUGAUCUUUGCAGAGGCAUUUGAGGAUUAUUCAGCUCCAGAAGGUCUGUGCCAGGAAUGCUAUCUCUGCCGUGACUGAAAAUAGGAGGUGCCUGCCACUACCCUUCUAGAUUAUUGCCACUGAAAGGACCAAUUUGCCACCACUGUAAGAAGAAGCAAUUGCUGCCACAGACAAGGUUAUGAGGAUUAUAUUCGCAUGUACAGCUCUGCACAGCUGUCCACUCGGCGGUGAUGGUGACUCUUUAGAGAAUACAUGCAGACUCCUGGUUAGCCACCAAGGCAGUGCUCCCUUUAUCCAAAAGAUUUGAUAACUGCUUUUCAACAGAUCUCCAGUUUUGAUCCACCAUGUUGUCUCUACCAGCUUAAACAAUUUCCUAAAAUGGUCCUUUUGCUGUUCCUUGCAAUCCUAUUAUUGAAGGAAGAUGUCUGUGGGAACUUCAGGCUUUUGGUGUCAGCACAGGCCAAUGAAAGAAGGGUGGUUGCACAUAUGCCUGGUGAUAUUAUCAUUGGAGCUCUAUUCUCUGUCCAUCAUCAGCCCACUGUUGACAAGGUUCAUGAGAGGAAAUGUGGAGAGGUGAGAGAGCAGUAUGGCAUUCAGAGAGUGGAGGCAAUGCUACAUACCCUUGACAGAAUUAAUUUGGACCCCACGCUGUUGCCAAAUAUAACGCUAGGAUGUGAAAUAAGGGACUCCUGCUGGCAUUCUGCUGUGGCUCUGGAGCAGAGCAUUGAGUUUAUAAGGGACUCUCUUAUUUCAUCAGAAGAGGAAGAAGGGAUGGUGAAAUGCGUGGAUGGAUCAUCAUCUUUCCACUCCAAGAAACCCAUCGUUGGUGUCAUCGGACCUGGUUCUAGCUCAGUUGCUAUCCAGGUGCAGAAUUUGUUGCAGCUUUUCAAUAUACCUCAGAUUGCUUAUUCUGCCACAAGCAUGGACUUAAGUGACAAAACCUUGUUCAAGUAUUUUAUGAGAGUUGUGCCAUCCGACGCACAGCAAGCACGGGCUAUGGUGGACAUUGUCAAGCGCUACAACUGGACCUAUGUCUCUGCUGUACAUACUGAAGGAAACUAUGGUGAAAGUGGAAUGGAAGCUUUCAAAGAUAAUGCAGCCAAGGAAGGGAUCUGCAUUGCACAUUCCUACAAGAUCUAUAGCAACGCUGGCGAACAGAGCUUUGACAAGCUGCUGCGAAAGCUUCGGAGCCACCUGCCCAAGGCAAGAGUGGUUGCCUGCUUCUGUGAAGGCAUGACUGUGAGAGGGCUCUUAAUGGCUAUGAGGCGCCUGGGACUAGCUGGAGAGUUUUUGCUGCUGGGCAGCGAUGGCUGGGCAGACAGGUACGAUGUGACAGACGGCUAUCAGCAUGAGGCUGUUGGUGGAAUAACGAUCAAGCUCCAGUCUCCUGAUGUGAAAUGGUUUGAUGAUUACUACUUGGAGCUUCGGCCAGAAACCAAUCACCGAAAUCCAUGGUUUCAGGAAUUUUGGCAGCACAGGUUCCAGUGCCGGUUGGAAGGGUUUCCUCAAGAGAACCCUAAAUACAACAAGACUUGCACAAGCCAGAUGACUCUGAGGACGCAGCACGUUCAGGACUCCAAGAUGGGCUUUGUAAUCAAUGCAAUAUACUCGAUGGCAUACGGCCUUCACAACAUGCAGCUGUCACUGUGUCCAGGCUAUGUGGGUCUCUGUGAUGCCAUGAAACCCAUAGAUGGUCGGAAGCUUCUGGAAUCCCUCAUGAAGACUAACUUUACUGGAGUCUCUGGUGACAUGAUCUUGUUUGAUGAAAAUGGUGACUCUCCAGGAAGAUAUGAAAUCAUGAAUUUUAAGAAAAUGGGGAAGGACUACUUUGAUUAUAUCAAUGUUGGCAGCUGGGACAACGGUGAGCUGAAAAUGGACGAUGAUGAAAUAUGGUCAGAGAAAAAUAACAUCAUCAGAUCUGUGUGCAGUGAACCCUGUGAAAAAGGCCAGAUAAAGGUGAUCCGUAAAGGAGAAGUGAGUUGCUGUUGGACCUGCACUCCGUGUAAAGAGAAUGAAUAUGUAUUUGAUGAAUACACAUGCAAAGCCUGCCAGCUUGGCUCCUGGCCCAAUGACGAGCUCACAGGUUGUGACCUCAUUCCAGUCCAGUAUCUCAGAUGGGGUGAUCCUGAACCAAUCGCAGCAGUUGUUUUUGCAUGUCUGGGUCUGCUGGCCACUUUGUUUGUUACAGUUAUAUUCAUAAUAUACCGUGAUACUCCAGUGGUCAAGUCAUCCAGCCGAGAACUGUGUUACAUCAUUCUAGCUGGCAUCUGCUUGGGUUACCUGUGCACUUUCUGUCUCAUCGCAAAACCUCAACAGAUUUACUGUUACCUGCAACGAAUUGGCAUCGGCCUCUCCCCAGCUAUGAGCUAUUCUGCUCUAGUCACUAAAACCAACCGCAUUGCAAGAAUCCUGGCUGGAAGUAAGAAGAAAAUAUGUACAAAGAAACCUAGGUUCAUGAGUGCCUGCGCCCAACUGGUUAUUGCAUUUAUCUUGAUAUGUAUACAAUUAGGCAUCAUCGUUGCCCUCUUCAUAAUGGAACCACCAGAUAUAAUGCAUGAUUAUCCAAGCAUCCGAGAGGUCUACCUGAUUUGUAACACCACCAACCUGGGUGUCGUAACUCCCCUUGGAUACAAUGGAUUAUUAAUUUUGAGUUGCACCUUUUAUGCAUUUAAGACAAGAAAUGUUCCAGCUAAUUUCAAUGAAGCAAAGUAUAUUGCCUUUACAAUGUACACCACCUGCAUCAUUUGGCUGGCUUUUGUGCCAAUAUAUUUUGGAAGCAACUACAAGAUAAUCACCAUGUGUUUCUCAGUGAGUCUGAGUGCUACGGUGGCCCUUGGCUGUAUGUUUGUGCCCAAGGUCUACAUCAUCCUUGCUAAGCCUGAAAGGAAUGUACGCAGUGCAUUCACCACAUCGACUGUGGUCCGCAUGCAUGUGGGGGAUGGAAAGUCAUCUUCAGCUGCAAGUCGCUCAAGUAGCCUGGUCAACCUGUGGAGAAGAAGGGGAUCAUCUGGUGAAACCCUUAGGUACAAAGGCAGGAGACUGGCCCCGCACAAGUCGGAAAUAGAGUGUUUCACCCCAAAAGGGAGUAUGGGGAAUGGUGGGAGAGCUACAAUGACCAGCUCUAAUGGGAAAUCAGUUUCCUGGGCCCAGAAUGAGAAAAGCAGCAGAGGAGCACACCUGUGGCAGCGGCUGUCAGUCCACAUCAACAAAAAGGAGAACCUCAAUCAAACUGCAGUGAUCAAGCCUUUCUCUAAAAGCACAGACAGUAGCCGACAUAGUAGCAGCGCUACAUUUCCCGAGGCCAGUGCCAAAACGCUUUACGACGUUUCGGAAGCAGAAGAGCAAUACCCAGCUCAGUACCGACCACAGACUCCCUCACCUAUCAGCACCCUGAGCCACAGAACUGCCUCCGUUAGCCGAACAGAAGAUGAUGCUCCUACCUUCCAGUCAGAGCCUCCUCAGCGAAGUAGCUCCUCUCAAGGUUCCCUCAUGGAGCAGAUCAGUAGUGUGGUUACUCGCUUUACAGCCAACAUCAGUGAGCUGAACAAUAUGAUGCUUUCAACAACCACUCCAGGGACAAUUGCAACCACUCCUCUCUGCUCUUCAUACCUUAUUCCGCGGGAAAUCCAGCUCCCUACAACAAUGACGACGCUUGCAGAGAUCCAACCGCUUCCUGCCAUUGAGGUCAAUGGCGCUUCGCAGUCAGCCAGGAAACCUUCAAAUGGCAGUGUCAAAGAAGGCACUUCAGAGACCCCAUCUGCCAAGCAAGACCUAGAGGAGUUGGUAGCUUUAACUCCUCCUUCUCCUUUUAGAGACUCCAUUGAUUCUGGAAGUGCAUCUCCCAGCUCUCCAGUUUCUGAAUCUGCUCUCUGUAUCCCAUCCUCUCCAAAGUAUGACACACUCCUCAUCAGAGAUUAUACUCAAAGUUCUUCUUCGCUGUGAAUGUAGUUCAAGACAACAUUGGAUCUCAAUGACCACAAGCAAGUAGGGAGAGGACAGGCAAGCCUUCAAGAUCUCCAGUGUUUACGCAGAGUGAGAAGUGUCAGGUCAUCCUGUGACAAAUGGAGAGCAAGAAGAGGAGUUACUUGAGAAGUGGAAACAUCAGAUUAAUGAUGCUUGUUUUAAAGACAAAAUUACUCUUGGCAGAUUAUUGUGGCCUUAAAAAAAACAUGGGCUUUUCAGAAACACUGAAUCUAUUUUUGAGGGCUUAUAAGGAGUCUGUUAAAUCAGUUACAUACCAAGUGCUUUGCUUUAGUAUCACAAUGAACUGUGUGUACAAUAUCUGGGGCAGGGGGGGAAACAAGAUUGUAAACAACUGUACAAUGGUUUGUUUGUUUACUCUGAUUCCUUACCCAGAAGUGAACCUUGAUCUUUUAUCAUGAAUAGAAGACCAAACAUUGAAUGUACAUUUUCUAACAGACUCAUAUCUGGGACCAACCUGUCAAGCUGUCUUUUCUUUUUUUUUUUUUGUUUUCUAUGAGGAUCUUGAAAAGCAGUAAUGUAUGUUCAGUGAUUCCAAACUUUUCGCUGAAGCAUAUUGUGUCCAUGAUAUGUUACACAUGGAUAACACUAAGCUGAGACUUUGCAGUGAGUGACUGCAAUACGGAGGGCUUUACAACUGACUUCUCAACCUACACAUUUGUUUAUGGAAUUCUCUUCUAUCGGUAUCAAAAAUUCAAUUUGUUAACAUCGGAUUCAUCUUCACAGCAACAAAACCCAAGGAAGAUUUCCUGACUAUUUCACCAUGUUGCCAACUAACAAUGAAGUAGCAAAAAAAUAUUUUCUGGAGUACUGUUUUGUAAUUCCCUUAUCAGGGCAAGUUGUUGAGGUGAAUAUUCUCUUUCUAGCAGCACUACCAAGCUAUAUUAUAGCUACAGUCCUCACUGAAAUUAACACAUUUUUAUGGACAUUCUUCUGCUAACAUUACCAGUUGAAAUACUCAUUUGGACUCCUAUAGUCUUUGCUUGCAAGGAACAGGUAAACACUGUAAGGAUUUUUGCCAUACUUUGAAUUGCAGAAUUCUAGGAGACCAAUCUGGAUUAUAAUGAAUUCUCUCAGUGAAAAGGUUGUCAUAAUUGUAAUUCAUAUAUAAGGGGGAAAAAAAAUCCUGUGUCAAAAUCUGCUUAGAGGUGAUUUAGCUACUCUUUAAUAAACAAGAAUUUUAACUUUAUUUAGCUGCUGCUGACUUGCAGCUAUGAACUGAGACAACAAAAAAAAAAAAGGGAAAAAACCCAAACCAAACCAACAAAAAAAUCACAAACGAACUUUCAAAGCAAUACAGAGUAAAGGUUAAAACAGAGAAGAACUGAUGAGAUAUGAACCAAGAGAGUCUUUGUUUCUUAGCAACUCACAGAAGAAGCAAGGGAAAUCCUCAUAUUUCUUUCCUAUAUCAGAAUAGUAUAGUUUAGUGCACUUCAUACUGUCACAACACUUUUUUAAUACAGGCAGGGAAGAGUUUUAAAGUUUGAAUAGAAGUUAAAUAAUUUUUGAUAGGUAUAGUUACAUAGAGCUUAUAUGGCAGGCCCUAAACGCACACUGUAUUGGCUCUCUCCUUCAUGACACAGCUGUCCUCAGGUGCCAAACUUUUAUGGAUUUGUUUUGUUUUGUUUUGUUUUAUUUGAGGAUAGCAUAAAGUGGUGAGUGAUGUACUUCAAUUCAACAUUGAGUUGAUGUAGCCUUAUACAGAAGACAGCCUCAUGGAAGGGAGCCUGAAAUAAGGCUGCUACAUUUCAUUUUCAAAACCUUUACAUCUUAUUUCUUUGAAGAUAGUAAGUAUUUUGUAAUCAAGAUUCAUAUCCUGUUUUUCUCCCACAUGUCCAGAAUGAUAAAUUUUUGAUCAAACAAACAAACAAAAGAUGAAAGCACAUCAACAUACUUUAGCAUUCACUAUUGCUUUGGGAACAUAGUUCCACCAAUGUGUGCUGCACACCAAUUUGCUGCUCACCAAUAAAUAAUAAAAUUUAAAAAAAUUAAAAAGAUGAGUGAAUCCAGGCUAGCACCUCAGAGAGAUACUCUAGUGACUCUGUACAUCCUGCACAAGGCAGAGUUAUCAGACAGCAGGCUGUGGGCAUGCUUAUUUCACCAGGUGCAGUCGUUUACUAGCUAUGCCUAUUUGUAGUUCUUGCCUUCUCGCAUGACUGAGUAGCACAGACUCCAUUCUGUGCAGCUGUACAGUUUCAAGACUAGAGAUGAAUUUUGCCCUUCUGGUUCACAGUCCUAGCAUGUUUCAUCAUUCCCUUGCUGCCCAUCUUUAGGAGAAAGCAUCUUCUUUCAGAGGUUACAGCACAUGUUUAGGGGAAGGGCAUGCCCAAUCAGUCUGUAACAGAAGCAUUUUCAUUUAGGGAAUCUAGACCACUUAAAUGUUCUUCAUGAAAGACUUACAAAAUAAUAUAUGUUCCCCAGCAGUGCAAUCUUGUUUUGAUAUAUACAGAGUGUACUGAGAUAGUUAAUGUGAAUUUCAAAGGGAAUUGACUACUAUCUGUUCUCUUAUACUUCAAGAUGUUGAUCAAUGUCCUUACUAGAAUAUUCUCCACCUUGAUCUUUCCCUAGCCUUUUAGGUUCCCAUUUCUGUAGGCUUUUCUUAUGUUGGUGGACACUUAAUAUUAAUGUAUUCCUGCUAAAGUCUGUGGACUUUGCUUGCACUCACACUGUGAAAUAAUCAACAGUGGAAAUGAGGAUUAUACAAACAAACAUAGAAAUCCCUUCUUAAAAAUAGUAUUAGUAAAAAGGAGUGAGAAAUAGAAACUGUCAAACCACGACUUAGCAUAAAUAUACCUCUUCUGCUCCCAAAUUGCAAUUCUGCACAGUCCUGACCAUACCUAUCACUCAGAGCUUUUAUAUGUAUUAACCAAGGUGAUAUAUGUAUAUGUGUGCUCAUGUAUGCACACACACACACCAUACACCUGAAUACAUAUUUCAAGAGGAUAAAACCUUAAUGCUACACAUAUUUUAAACACUUUUACUCGUUCUUACUUUGGGAGGACUCAAGCAUCAUUUACAUAUCCAUUAGCUGGAAAAUUAAAUUGCACAAUGAAUGCAGAAUGGAGCCUGCUGCAAUUGUACCUCCCUGCUGUCAGUCUGUCUUUAAUUGAAGAUGGGUCAGCUUUAAUGUCAUUUAAAGAUGGUAAAAUCCAUUUUAUUUAUACAGGCAGGAAUUUACCAGUGUCACCUUAUAUGGUAUGUUUGGAUUUCAACAAAAAGAGGAAAGACUUUUGGGGGGAAGAAGAUAAUGGUGUAAUUACUGUAGUAGUGAUUCAAAGGAGCCCAGUGGGAUAUUUGCAAGACUGGAAAGUACUUUGAUAGAAGCCUGUGGGUUUGACACAAGAGAAAAGAAAAUUAUCAGUGAUAGACAUUAUGAUUUCAUUAUGUUAUUCAUAUUCUAGUCUCUGUUUAGGGCAGCAAGAUAACAACAGCAGUAUUUUUUCAGACAUAAAAGCAAACUUUGCAAUCAUGAACACUUUCCAAUUUAAAUAAAGAAGUGCAAGUACCAAUUGAAUGGCUUGAAUUUGCCUUCCAAUUUAGUGCUGCUGCCAGAAAGGGACUAAAAUAAUAGAAACUAUUAUUGUUCUUGACUACAGGGACCCUUGGAAAAUCACUUGUUUCUUUUAUGCUUUGAGACCAACUCUAGUGAGUGAAGGUGUAACCACCUCUGGAAUCUGUGUUUUUGAAAUAAGGUGAAUCAUUCUGGCAGGCUAGCUGGGAAAAAGUAUUAGCAAUACUGAAGAACUGCAUUUUUUAAUUGGCUCUGAAGAAUAAUUGCAUGACUUUGGAGAUGUGCUUCCUUCUACUUUUAUCUGAAUAUUUGGUGCCUAGACUCAUAUAAAUACUUUAGACCACAGAUUUUUAGCCAAUGGUCCACACAAUGCAUUUGCUGAUGUUUCAUGAGAGCCUGGUUGAUCACAAGGUGCUGGCUUCUUCCAUUGAUUUCCAGCCACAGAAGUGAAUUUAAAUUUAGGUAAAAAUUAACUGUUAAAAAGUUUUAAUAGAAAAAAAAAAGGAAAAAAUCUGUUAGCUUUCUUGAAUGCUUAUUUAGUUGCUGUGUUUGCAAAAGGAAAACUAUGUGAUCAAAGCCAGGAGAAUAAGAUCUCCAAAGGGAGUAAGUGAGAAGGCUCUGGAUGAUAGUGGAAUUCACUUGGGGAUAUUUUCUUUACAGAGACCAAGGCUAGACUGAAAACAGCAUACCUGUUGAGUGUGAGAUCUGUAGAGGAAAGUGUGCAACUUUGCUAUUCUGCUUAAUAUAUCACUUAUGAGGUAAGAAGAAAACAUAUGACAGCAUAGAAAAAUAUCCCUGGGAAAAUCAAAAUACUAUGCUCAGUGUUAAGAACAACAGAUCAGUGACAGAGAUGACUCAAAAAAAAGCAUUUGGUGCUUUGGGGUUCAGAAGAACUUAAUUCCUACAUUUAAAACCAAUAUUUAAAAUCACUAUUCCACUGCCACCUUAUUCAAUCAUCUGAUAUCAUAUGUCCACAUGUCUCAGAACUGCCCUGAUCCUGACACACUGAGUCAUAGAAACAUAGAACCACAGAAUGUUGAGUUGAACCAUUAAAGGUCACCUAGUCCAAGUCUAGGCCUGCAGUAAGCAGGAACAUCUUCAACUCAACCAGGUUGCUUAGAGCCUCAUCCAACCUGUGUCUGGAAUGUUUCCAGGUACAGGGCAUCUACCAACCCUCUGCCCAACAUAUUCCAGUGUUUCAUUAAUCUCAUUGUAAAAUAUUUCUUCCUUGCAUCUGUGCCCAAGGUUUGAGCCACAAGCCACCCACUUAGUGCCAUGGUCUAGUUGACUGGCUAGGGCUGGGUGCUAGGUUGGACUGGAUGAUCUUGGAGGUCUCUUCCAACCUGGUUGAUUCUAUGAUUCUAUGAUCAGGGCAAAAGGACAGAAAGGUGUUUUACCCACAAGGGAGGAAAGUAAAAACUCUCACAUGGAAUUGGAAAUUAAAAUGUAAAAUUCUAUUUUACAAAAGUAACCAAAAAUUCAAAAGAUAUAAAAGCAUAAAGGAAAUGCAUACACAAAUCAACCUGCCCCAGCCCAAUUCUCCACCUGGGCCAAUCAGGCCAAAACCUUCCAGAGCCUUCCAAAUCCUCCCCCCACUUCAUAGAAUCAUAGAAUCAAUCAGGUUGGAAGAGACCUCCAAGAUCAUCCAGUCCAAGUGCACUAGCCAAUCAAUUAGUCCAUGGCACUAAGUGCCUCAUCCAGACUUCGCUUGAACACCUCCAGGGACAGUGACUCCAACACCUCCCUGGGCAGCCCAUUCCAAUGCCAAUCACUCUCUCUGGGAAGAACUUCCUCCUAACAUCCAGCCUAGACCUCCCCUGGCACAACUUGAGACUGUGUCCCCUUAUUCUAUUGCUGGUUGCCUGGGAGAAGAGGAUAGAAUAGAACAAACAAUUACAAUGUCCUGAGUUCCCUCUCAGGACUUGCUAGUCUCUGGUGGACUUUCUUUAUGGUUAUACCAAGUAGCUCUUAAUUUCCCUUAAUCUACAACAAUCUGGUCUAAAUCUCCCCUUUUAGUUUAAAAUCUUUACCUCUCAUCAUGUCACAUUUGCAGCUCUUUGCCUCUAACUCAUACUAAACCUCAUCAGGAAUCCAGAAAACAGUAGUUCCUAUGCUCAAUCCCUAUAUAGCCCACGAGUGAGCAGAGUGCAUAGCACAUAAAGCAACAGGACCAUACACCUUACAUAAUGGAGUAGAAAUCUUCCUCUUGUUAACUAUGGGUCUAGUUAUGCUGCUGUUUUUUAACAGCUUUAAGGUUAUCACAGUUAGGCAGAAGGCAAAACAUUUAAAUUUAGACCCUACCAUUGCCAGAGGUGAUCAAAAUCUUCUUCCUAGGCUGCAAGUGCUCUAAUGACUCAGUAUUGAGGUAUCCCAUGAUCAUCUCACUAAGGUAACUUCACAAGAUAGAAACAAAUUCAAGAGUUCCCAAGUAUGCUCCGCACCCUGACAGGACAUACACUUGAUGUAUUUAAGAAUUAUAUGUGAUGAUUUAAUAUAAAAUACUUAUAAUUUUGGGAGCAGAAAUCGGGUGAGUUGUUUAGCUACAAAGAAGUGGAUCCAACAUUUCUUUCUCUGAUAUCCACAGGCUCAAAAAGCCUGCAAUAUCUUUCCUGAGAAGUGUUUUAGUGACAGAAGUGGAGAUCAUGCCCUUCCUUAUACCUCUGCCUGCAUGCAUUUAAUCUUCUAUUUGCAUUUUCUCAGACCACUCCAUGGAAAGGCACCUUCUUGGUUAGGUGAAGGAAUUAAACCUGGGGUUCCCGCUUCUUUGAUACUACAGAAAAAGAUUACUUAUUUCAUGUUUCUCCAUCUGUCUUUCACAAAGGUCUCUCAUCUUGGAAACAAAAAUGCUAGCCAAGUGGAGAAAUAGGGCCCGUUGAUAACUAUCAUUUUCUGUGUAUUGCAUUUCCAUAUUGGCUCAACAGACUAAUUUCAAACAUCCCUUUCCUUGUUGUAUUUAUUUCCUGGGCACUUCACUUUUCUCAUAAACUUCACAGAAAGGUUAGACAUUUAACAAAGGGUGCCCAUGUCCACACUAGAGCCAAAUACUAUACAAAAAAUAGUUAUUAAACUGCAUAAGUGGUGAAGUUCUUUACUGGCAUUGGCCCUUAACAUACUGAGGUCAGUGGAAUCACUGUAUAUUAAUAUCAAAGCAAAUCAAAGUUUGACAGUGGCCAACCAAAUCAGGAUCUUGGCUAUUUGCUUCAGCAGCAAAUAAUGACAAGAUCUUCUUCCCAUGUUCUUUUUAACCAAACAGCAGAUGCAUUUUAUUAGGUUCAUUCUUAAAGCAUCUUGCUAGUCCUGGUGAGUAGUACCUUCCCACCACUCUUCUCUGUCAUUGUUACUCUAGCAGGUAUCCCAAUGGGAAAAAUCAUACUUUGACUAAAUUUGUUAAAGGAAACAAAAAUGUCCAAAAAUAAAAAAAAAAAAAAGGUCACAAUUUUCUGGCAGUUUUGUGAAUCUCACAAAAGGAAGUCAAUACUCUCCAUGAACAAGAAAUCAUUCAUCUUCUAUCCAGUUCAGAGUGCACUGCAUUUGUUAAAGACUUCAGUUCAAUUAUCUGAAUUCACCUUUUCUUAUUUUGCUAUGAGUUAUUCCUCUACCCUCUGUUGCCACUUACAAUUUUAUACUGUGAAAAGGGAAAAAAAAAAAAAAAAAACAACAAAAAACCAAGAUACAGACCAGUAAAGCAUAAAGGUAAGUAAAAGAACAACCUAGGUAAUGAAUACCAACGGUGUAAAUGGAUGGUUUUAUCUUACCUGAGUACUGACAGUACAAAUAAUAAUCAUUAGUCACUCCUACCUGCCAAAUGGGAACAAAUAUACUAUGUAUAUUACAUGUACUAAUAGGAUUAUAUGGCAGCUGCUGGUGGUAUAUGUAAUUAGAAAUCUAUAUAGAAUAUAGAUGUUUUAGAGAGACGGUGCCAAUUCUAAAAGAUUUGUGUGGGCUACAAGUGCUUGUAAUUAAUUUUUUCUUUUCAUUUGCUAAUAACUUAUGAACAACUGGUUUCAAACAUUCUGUGAGCGUUUGUUCUUUUUUAUGUUGUUGCUGCUUAUACUAUUAAACAAAAUAGAGAGAAUGUAAAAUUAUUAUUUUGAUGUGAACUGAAAAAUGAUUUUUCAUAAAACUUAACGUUUUUAUCAGCUUUUCCUUUUACUUUCUACCUGUACAAAUGUAAUUUAUUUUGGCAUUGAAAAAUACAUUUGCUUGUUUCUCAAUUGUCUACAUCAUGUUAUAGUUGGUGUUUAUGUAGAGUCAGGUACUUUUUGAACAGUAUUAAAAAAAUUCUGUGAUAUGACUGAAAAA